UUUUUUUUUGUUUUUGUUGUUGUUUUUUGAGACAAGGUUUGAUUGUGUAGCCCCAACUAUCCUAGAACUCACUCUGUAAACCAGGCUGGCCUCGAAUUCAAGAAAUCCACCUGCCUCUGCCUCCUGAGUGCUGAGGUUAAAGGUGUGUGCCACCACUGCCUAGCUACUCAUUCAGUUCUUAACAGUGCCUGUAAGGCUGCAGCCUAGAUUCUUGGGCAACACAGAUAAGAGAAAGUAGACUUCAUAGUAAUUCCAGUACCGGGGUAGGUUGCCAAUUCUGAGGCAGGAGCUCACCGAAAGUCUGAGUCCAGGCUGGGCUGCAGAGUGAGAGCCCGUCUCAUAAAAAACGGAAAGGGAAAUAGAAGGAAGACUUCCUCAAGCACCAGGCAUGCAUGUGGUACAUAUGCAUACAGAUAAGUAAAACACUCAUGCCCAUAAAAUAAAUAAAUCUUUAAAAAGAGAGAGAGAGAGAGAGAGAGAGAGAGAGAGAGAGAGAGAGAGAGAGAGAGAGAGAGAGAGAGAGAGAGAUGACUCAUAGCAUUAUUGGUAAUCAGGUGGCCUUGACUUUUGCAAAUUCUACCAGCUGAGCCACAUCCCUAGCCCCUUAAAGCCAGUCUUGUAUGUCAGCGACCCCUCACUUUUCCCCACUGGAAUUAUGCAUGAAGAAGAGCAGGGGCACUCGGAGCCGAGCUGCGGCAUUACUUAUGUGCGGGCUCUCGGGUCACAGUCGUCGUUUUAUCAGUGCCAGUUGCUUCGGGCUGUCAUAGCAACACCUUCUUCCUGUCUCUUAAGCACCUUCUAGGAGAUUGGCCGGCGGUUAAUCUCUCCAUAGAUGGCAGGUCUCUCCUGUCUGUCCGGUUGGCCAAUCAAAUCUACUGGCUGAUUGCAUUUUCUGAUGCAAAAACCAAGAUGCAGCCUCCAUUAUCCCUGUCAGCUUAGAGAACGUCCAGUUCCAAUUUUAAAUUGUAGAUUCCAUAAGGGUUCCCAUGUGCAUGUAUUGCUAAAGAUUUGCCAAUAGAAUUUUCUUGACUGCGCUAUAAAAAUGUGUUCUGGAGUGCCAGAGAAUUCCAGGGGCGCUAGAUAUUAAUGGCAGUGUCACUUGCUUUUUCUGUGGUAAUACAUCAUGUCUUGUUCCUGCAGAGGACAGUUGACUAAAAUUACAUUUUUCUACUUUUUUGAGAAUUACUUUUCUUUGUAGUCCAGUAGUACAGGAUAGUUUUAUUUUGUAGAGCAGUUCUUGAGCAAACUGUGAGCAAGGGCCCGUAGAGGUGAGUGAUAGCAGAGAAAGAGAGAAGAGGGUCAGCUUCAGGCGAGAGGAGAACAGGAUUCUCUCUGGGGACUUGACGUUGGAUGCGAAGAACCAAGGUGAUCAAUUCUUCGUGAAGAGGUUGUUUCCUGACAAAAUGGGGUGUUAGGUGGCACACGGGCACAGGGUUGCCGUGCUGACGCUGGUGUGAACAGAACUUUUAAGAGGAAGAAGGGAGACCUGCCCGCCCAGCCUUCUCGCCAUGUCUUCUCACAAGACUUUCAGAAUCAAGCGAUUCCUGGCUAAGAAACAAAGGCAAAAUCGUCCUAUUCCUCAGUGGAUUCGGAUGAAAACUGGCAACAAAAUCAGGUACAACUCCAAGAGAAGACACUGGAGGAGAACGAAGCUGAGUCUGUAAGGAGUCAACAAUGAAUGGCAAAACAAUUAAUGAUGAAUCGUGAUCCUUGAUGAGUGUUACAAGAUGAAGUUCAACAUUUUCAAUCUGGAGACUUAAUCAUGUUUAAGUUGGGAGUGGUUUCUCCAGUAAUAAAAUGUAGAACCUUUUGGAAAAAAAAAAAAAAAAGAGGAAGAAGGGAAGAAAGGAAGCUGUCCGAACAGGAUUGAAAUUAAUAGGAGGAGUGCUGGCUUCCACAGAAAGAUGUUUUCUUUCCUUUAUAAUUGGAGAAAAGAGAAUGUAUCUUAGCCUUAAAUUAAGUUGAAAUCACAUGUAAGAAGAUAAGAAUACAUAAUAGAAGAUUUUCCUAUCUGUUCUUUAUAGACCAUCAUGUUCAGAAGUGAGAUACAUAGAGAAAAAAAUUGAUGUGUGUUUGUAUGUUGUGUGUUCAGUGUAUGUCAGGUGCAUACAUGGAGACCAGAGGAGGACACUGAAUGUCUUGCUCCUACCUUAUUCCCUGGGGAUAAUUUCUCUACUGACCCUGAAGCUAGGCCUUGGCCAGCAAGCCUCAGCAAUCCUCCUGUCUCAGAGUCCUCACGCCCUCAGCACAGGGUUACAGUGGGAAUUUUCAUGUGGGAGCUGGGAUUUGAAGUCAGGUCUUCAGGCAGAUGUUCUUAUCUUCUUAGCCCACUUGGUCCUGUAGUAGUGCUGGAAUGAAGACUCAGCAUCUGGCCAUGUUUCUCUGUGCCUUUA